AAUAACGGGUCAAAUUCUAAAACUCAUGUUCCAAUCUCUACGGGUAAUAUUAAUCUUCCUUCAAGCAGCUCAAUUAACUCUAAUCCAAUUGGAUCAAUUAGUUCAUCACCUUCAUCAUCAAGCAAUGUUUCAGUUUUACCAAUUAGUCGAUUCAGGACAUCGUCAAUGUCUUCAAGCGGUUCAAUAGGUUCAGGUGGUACAUCACCGCCAGGUAGUGGAUCAGAAUCACUUUCACCAGGUUUUCUUGAUCAAUCUGCUUUCAUGAAGAAAUUUUUUGGUGCUGCCGAUCACAAUCAACAAUCAUCAAUAUCUACAUCAUCAUCAUCAUCAUCAUCAACAACAAUAACAACAACAGCAACAGCAAAUACAUCAAUCUCUCAGCAUCCCAAUUAUCAUAAUCAUCAUCACCAUCAUCAUUUUCACCAUGAAAAUAUUGGACGACGAGAGAGACGAGGAUCAGGAUCAAUUUUCACUCGUCGUCAAGACUAUUCAUCAUUUAACAAUCUUCCAAGGCAUAAAAUCAAUUCUUAUCACAUUAAAAUGGAGGAAGAUCAUGGUAACGAUGAUACAAGAAAUUUCAUCCUAUCAACUCUCAGUGCUAAUCGUAUGAACAGAAUAUCGUGCAUCAUGUGUCACACUUCCAUGAUGAUUUUCGAUAAAUAUCCAUUGAUUGAUGGAACCUUUUUCUUAUCACCAACCCAGCAUAGUAAAGGUGCUGUACCAACAACCGUUGAAAAUGGUUCUAAACAAUAUUUAAAUGCCGUUUGUAUGGGCUGUUUAGAAGGUUGGAAUUCAAUUGUAAAAUGUCGUAGUUGUUCAAGCCGAUGGACCGGAUCUCACCUAAUUCUUGGCUCAAUGUAUUCUUAUGAUAUUUUCGCUGCGGUUCCUUGUUGCACUGAUCGUCUUCGUUGUAACAAUUGUAAAAACCUUGUUAUCUCACCUGAUCAUCGAUUACAAUUUUUCAGUCAUUAUUCAAAUUCAAUUGCUUGUGGACAUUGUGGAAUCGUUGAUUUUCAUUUUGCAAAACCUUUACAGGUCAACUUUAUCCGAACUGGACGAGAAUGAUGAAAAAUUGAUGGCUUAAAUGAUGAUGUUUAUGUCGAUAACCAACCAACACUACCAAUCACAUAAAUGCACCAUUAUUUAUACACUUAAACACUCACACACAAACACUUAUCUAUUAGGUUCAUAAGACCAGCAAAAAAUUAUCGUCACAUGCAUUUACAUAUAUGAUUUUGUGUUUCAUUCACAAAUAUAUGUCAUUAUCCUUACUAUUAUUUACUAUUCAGAAAGCUCAAAACAAUAAGGAAAACUUUUUGUUUUUCCUGUUUACUUUUUGCCUGAAACUUUUUGCAAAGAAACUGAAAAGCCCUUUAGGAAGAGCUCAUUUGUUUAUGUAUUGUGAUUAUGAUAACCAUUCACAUCUAUUAUCCAGUAAGCGCUUUGAAACACCGAACCAGGGAAAGAGAGAAAUGAACAAUCAACAAAGGUACUAAAUUACUCGAACGGUAAACCAAGUGAAAGAACAACUUUUGAGCUCUUCUUAUGCAACUUUUCCUCUCCUUCAUUUCUGUCACAAUUUUUUGGAUACCCACGAAUACCACCAUCACCUUUACCUUUAUUGGAAUAUCUUGAAAUUUUGUUGAAUAGCGAACUUUUUUUUUUCCUUCUUCUCUUUUCGUUCAUUCAUCUUUCAAUUCUGAUUUUUCAUGAGUAUCAUCAUCGCUAUUUCUCAUUAUGCAUUCUGACACAAAUCAUUUUUUUUUCUAUCAAUAUCAAUUAUCAACAUAACUGAUAAUUUACCCAUGGUAAAAGUUGUGUUUGUUAAUUGUAUCACCAAAACAACAAAAGAAAAUCAACAAAAAAAAACACGUACUAAAUUAACGACGAUUAACAAUUGAAAUCAUAUUACGGGAUUAAUUUAAAGAGCUGAAACUUAAAUGAUGAUGAAUUUUGGAUGGUUCAACGAAAAUGGAUUCUCUCUAUUAUCAAUGGAAAAACUAAAUCAAGUCUUCAUCUCCAUCCUCAUCUUUUGUUUUUCUGUUGAUGAUUAACUAUGGAAAGAGAAAUGAAAAACAAUUGUUAAUUGUUCAUCUUGAUCAUCAUCAUCAUCAUCAUUGGAAACAUUUACAG